UGUUGCGUCAUAGGAACGCAAACGACGUUCUACGCCAUACGUCGGAAGCAAAACAAACGUGCUGUCAGGUUUAGUUGAUUUUUGCAUGUUUUAUGUUGCUAAGUGAGUUUUAAAAUGUUGCUUUUAGAACUAAAAUUGGCUGAAUUACUGUCGCUUUAAGGGAGGAAGCUAGAACACAUUGAAUCGAAGUGAUUGUAGAUAGCAAAGAGCUAGAAACUGUAUUUACUUAACCAUGUGGUGGAGAAGGACCCUUAGCAGAAGCUGUAGGUGCUGUUUAGGAUGCGGGCGCAGUGGGGCAAAGGGGAUUUGGAGCCUCCGCACCAGGCGCGUAUGCAGCGCUCCGGCCUUACCUGCUGGCCGGAUCACAGCACUUCAGGCUCUGGAUGUUUGGAAGAGGCACUUUGAGGAGAAAGGUGUGACGGAGCCUGAACACUCAAGCCAGUACAUCAUCGCUCAUCUGCUUGGAGCUAAAACAAUAGAAAGCGUCGAGCAGCAGAGGUUAACACAGUUUCUUAGCAAAGAGAAAACGGAACAGGUUUGGCAGCUCUGCACCAGACGUCUGUCUAGAAUGCCGGUGCAGUACGUCAUCGAGGAGUGGGACUUCAGAGACCUGACGCUAAAGCUGAGGCCUCCAGUCUUCAUACCCAGGCCGGAAACCGAGGAGUUGGUUGAACUGGUGCUCACAGAUCUGCAGAGACAUCCUGGAGCCGCAGAGACGCGGCGGCAAACAUGCUUGGAAGUCGGUUGUGGUUCUGGUGCCGUUUCUCUCAGUCUGCUGAAGAGUCUGCCUCAGCUCGAAGCCUUUGCCUUGGACCGGAGCCAGGAUGCGGUGGAUUUAAGCCGAGAGAAUGCGUUGAGGUUGGGCCUCCAGGACAGACUAAAGGUUUAUCAUAUGGAUGUAAUAAAAGAUACAGAAAGGAUGUUGGGUCUGUUUAGCUCCAUUUCAGCUUUGGUCAGUAACCCUCCAUACCUGUUUUCAGAGGAUAUGGCAACGCUGGAGCCUGAAAUUCUCAGGUUUGAGGAUCAUGCUGCUUUAGACGGAGGUGAAGAUGGACUGAAUGUGAUCCGACAGAUUCUAGCUCUGGCUCCAGACUUUCUGUCAGACCGCGGCCGCGUUUACUUGGAGGUGGACCCCAGGCACCCCCCGCUCGUUCGCCGGUGGACGGAAGACAACGUGGAGGGGCUGCGGUACGCGAAGACACGACACGACGCCAGCGGCCGGCCGCGGUUCUGCAUCCUCCAGAAAGAGGAGUCACAUAAGGACCCCGAUCAGGAUUGAGAAACCCAGAUCCUAUUACGCUGGCUUUAGCUCAGGUCGCCACAGCCACGGCUCCCCCCCCCCCCCCUGCUCCCCCACCGCCUGAUUCCACCUCCUGAAAGUGAACAAUUUCUCCCAAAUGGUUUCCAUAUCAGGGCUGCACUUUUAACCUGUCGACAGCAGGCGAUCACGCCCCGUCUCACAAUGUAAAAUCUGUGUGCGACGGCACAAAAGCAGGCUCAGAGCCGAAGGUAAUUACCAAAGCUUUUCUUAGAACGCUCCCUCUCAGAAUCCGUCUCACUCCUCCCAGGAAGCAUUCAGUAGUUCUGUGAAUCCACUGAUGAACGGUCCUCCCCUUUCACUUGCCCACCCCGCUGACUCAGAUUCUGGCCAUAUGCAUUGUUGGAGCAAAAAAGAAAUAAAAAAAAAAACGCACAACGCGGCCCUCGCUUCCCUUCCACAGAAAACGAAGCUCAAAGGCCGCGUUUCAAGCCUUUCGUGUUUCAGAUGUGAUUUGCGGGUGAAAA